AUGGCCCUCGAGGUGGACGUGGAAUGCUGCGACCAGGGCAGCAGCAGCGCAGCCUCCUCUUCGGCUGGAGGAAGCAGCAGUGGCGGUGCUGCCAGCGCCCUGGGUGGUGCAGCCAGCACGAGCAGCAGCCAGCGUGCCGCUUUCCUCGACCUGGUGCGCCAGUCGACAGCCGCCUGCCAGGCCGGAGACUUUGGCCUGGCCGCCCAACUCUACACGGAAGCCCUGGCCCUGGACCCGGCCAAUCACGUGCUGUACAGCAACCGAUCGGCUGCCUACGUGCGGCUCGGCAAGUACACACAGGCCCUCCAGGACGCCGCCAAGGCCCGAGAGCUCAACCCUCGCUGGGCCAAGGCAUACUAUCGACAAGGAGUUGCACUCCAGUGUUUGGGAAGGCAUGCUGAUGCCUUGGCUGCAUUUGCCUCAGGGCUCAAUCAAGAUUCGAAAUCAGUCCAGCUGCUGGCUGGAUUAGUUGAAGCAGCUAUGAAGUCACCCCUCAGAGCCACCCUGGAGCCCACGUAUCGGCAGCUGCAGUCAAUGCGCCUGGACAAAUCACCCUUUGUGAUGACGUCAGUGAUCGGCCAGGAGCUGUUGGCCACGGGUCAGCAUGCUGCCGCCGUGGUGUUGCUCGAGACGGCCUUGCACAUAGGCACGUGCAGCCUCAAGUUGCGAGGCUCUGUCUUCUCUGCUCUCAGCUCAGCCUACUGGGCACUGAACAGCAUUGACCGUGCCAUUGCUUACAUGCAGCAGGACCUGGCAGUUGCCAAGUCUCUCAACGACCAGGCAGGGGAGUGCCGUGCCCACGGCAAUCUGGGGUCGGCGCACUUUUCCAAAGGCAACCUGAAGGAGGCGCUGUCCAGCCACCGCUACCAGCUAGUCUUAGCCAUGAAGUGCAAAGACAGCCAGGCUGCAGCACUGGCUCUCACCAGUCUGGGCCAUGUGUACACGGCCAUAGGUGACUACCCAAAUGCACUGGCCAGCCAUAAACAGUGUGUCCAGCUUGUGCGCCAAAUGGGUGACCGUCUACAAGAGGCACGGGAGGUGGGCAAUGUGGGAGCCGUGUACUUGGCCAUGGGUGACUUUGAGAGUGCGGUCGAGUGCCACACCGAGCACCUGCGGCUCGCCAAGCAGCUUGGUAACAAGGUAGAAGAGGCCCGCGCUUACUCUAACUUGGGCUCCUCCCACCACUACCGACGCUGCUUCGACCAGGCUCGCUCCUACCACGAGCAAGUGCUGAGGAUAGCACGUGAGCUCGGCGACCGAGUCAUCGAGGCGAGGGCCUACGCUGGGCUAGGCCACGCUGCCCGCUGCAUGGGCGACGGACAGCAGGCCCGUCGGUGGCACGAGAAGCAGCUAGACAUGGCACUUGCUGCCAGGGACAAGGUACGAGAAGUGCUUGGACGUGACAAAAGCAGCACACAUGCCCACCAGCUAACCGGCCACUUGAACAUAGCACGAGAACUAAAGGAUGCUGCAGGCGAGGCAUGUGCCCUGUGCAACCUGGGCAACUGCUACAGCUCGCGCGGAGAGUUCGGCCAGGCCGUGCCGUACUAUGAGAACUACCUGCGCCUCUCUGAGGAGAUGGGCGACACUGAGGCCCAAGCAAGGGCCUGCCACUUCUUGGGUUAUGCCCACUAUUGCCUGGGAAACUACAAGGAUGCCAUCGAUUACUACGAGAAAGACCUCACCCUGGCCAAGAACCUGCACGAUCGCAUCAACAUGGGUCGAGCCUACUGCAACUUGGGCCUUUCACACCUCGCUCUGGGGAACCUGGAUGCUGCAUACGAGUGCCAGAAGUACUUCCUCGCACUCUCGCAGGUCUCCCGGAACCUGCAGGGCAAGUUUCGUGCACUGGGCAAUAUGGGUGACGUGCUGAUGAAGAUGGGAAAAAGCGAGGAAGCGGUGCAGAUGUACCAGAAGCAACUGAUGUUGGUGCGGCAGUCCAAAGAGCGUCACCUCGAGGCUGCAGCAUACGGUGCCCUGGGCCUCUGUCACCGACAGCUGAAGUGCUACGAAAAAGCCCUCGGCUACCACACGCAAGAGCUGGCUCUGCAACAAGAGCUGGGUGACGUGCGUGGCGAGUGCCUGGCACAGGGGCGGCUGGGGGCAGUGCACCUCUCCCUGGGCCAGUUGGGCAUGGCCCUGCGCUGCUACCAGGCACAGCUGGAGCGGGCACGACAGCUGCGGGACUGUCCGCUCGAGACGCAGGCCCUGGGCAACUUGGGCCUGGUUCGUCUCGGGCUGGCACACUAUGAGGAUGCCAUUGGGUAUUUCGAGCAACAGUUGGCACUUCUCGAACAGCUUGGAAGCAGCAGCAGUACUCUGCUGGACAAAGGACGUGCCUAUGGUAGUCUUGGCGAGUGCUACGACGCCCUUGGUGACCCCGAAGAAGCGGUCAAGUGCCACGAGCAGUACCUGAGCAUCGCCAUCAAGGCGCAGUCUCCCCGCGACCAGGAGAGAGCUUACAGGGGCCUUGGAAGCUCAUACCGGAGCCUCGGGAACUUGCAACAGGCCCUGGUCUGCCUAGAGAAGCGCUUGGUCGUGGCUCACGAGCAGACGGCCGAAAGUGCAGUGCCUGGGAAAGCAGCAGCUUACGGUGAACUCGGUGCUCUGCAUCGCCAGCUGGGCAACUACGAACAGGCCUUGGCCUGUCUGGAGCGACAGAUGGUGCUCGCAGAAGAUGAUCCAUGCGUUCGAGGAGACGCCGCCUGCGGCAUGGGCGCUGUCUACCAGGCUAUGGGCGAUUACGACCAGGCCCUGCACUGGCACCAAAUCGACCUGGAGAUUGCUGAAGAGACAAACAACAUGGCUGCCCAGGGGCGAGCUUAUGGAAACCUGGGAAUGACGCACGAAGCUCUGGGCAACUACGACAAGGCAGUCUCGUUGCAGGAACAGAACCUGAGCAUCGCCGCUCAGUUGGGUGACAAAGCGGCAAAAGCAGAAGCCUACAGCAGCCUGGGUCGCGUGCACCACGCGCUGGGUCAUGUGAGCCAGGCAUGCAGCUAUCUGCAGCAGGCUCUGCAGGCGUGUGAGCAACUCGGGGGUGGCAAGCGGGAGGAAGAGGCCCGCGUCAGGCACCGGCUCGGCUUGGUUCUGUGGCUCCAGGGUGACCUGGAUGGAGCGCAGCAGCAACUGGCCCGUGCUCAUGACCUUCUUGAGGCGCUGAUGGCUGCAGUCUCUCUCGGAGAGCAUCGCGGUGCUGACCCUGUCAUUGCGGAGUUCCUGGCCGACACGACACAGGCUCUGCAGCGAGUGCUGGUGUCCCUGGGCAGACAGGACGAGGCCCUGUUGGUGGCAGAGCGCAGCCGCACCCGCUCCUUUGCAGAGCGCGCCCUCGAGACUCGCAGGAGCCCGUUGGCGGCCACCGCCUGUGUGCCCAACAGCCUAAACCUGCUGCUGGAAGUUGUCAACCGGCAGAAGGCCACCGUUCUCUACUUCAGUCUGGCUGCGGGACACUUACUUAUCUGGCUCAUGGUCCCACACAAAGGAAUAGUGAAGUUCACCGAGACACCUCUGAGCGAAAACCAGUCUGAAGCCCUCCUGCCGGACAAAGACGGCAAGCUUCCAAAGAAAGCUCCCCUUCUGGAGCGCCACUUGUCAGCACUUCGAGAAUCACUUGGUGUCGAUCCGGACACCGAGGACGCGUGCCAGAGCCACUGGGAUGAAGCCAGUGACCGCUUUGGCCAGGAUCCGGAACGCCGGAGCAGUGCAGGUUUCAGCCGACUGGGCAAUCGAAACCACCUCCUUAACAGCUCCAAUUACAGCCUGAGCAGUCUGUUCAGUGUUGGCAGCGUGAGCGUCACCUCCGGCCCCGCCAGCCGCGCAGGCAGCAUGCGUGCCCCACGACCUCAUUGGCCCGGGCCCCCCUCCCUCCAUGCACUCUAUGAGCUGCUCAUUGGCCACGCAGAAGAAGAGCUCAGUCGGUUCGCAGGUCGCGACCUUCUCAUUGUACCUGACGGCGACCUCUACCUGGUGCCAUUUGCGAUGCUGCGUGGAAACGGCUCGACCGAGUACCUCUGUGAGAGGUUCAGCCUGACGGUGCUGCCAUCCCUGUCCGUGCUGCGUGCGUGCCAGCGAGCCAAGGCGGCGAGGCAGCAGCAGCAACACGGACAGCAGCGUACAGCAGCAUUUUCUUCAACAGCACCUGGGGAGCAGCUUACGUCGUUAAUCGUUGGCAAUCCUAAGGUAUCACCCUGCACACUAGAAUGGCUUGGCUGUGCGGAGAUUCCACAUGCCGAACAGGAAGCCGAGAUGGUUGCUGAAAUUUUGGGUGGCGAACCUCUGCUGGGUGCUGAUGCGACAAAAGAAAUGGUACUCGGAAGAAUGGGACAGGCAGAGUGCAUCCACAUUGCAAGUCACGUGUCUUGGAAGAUUCCGGCAAUAGUGCUGGCGUCGGGAGCCGAGUUUGCCGAGGAUGAAGAAGCAAGCGGGGAAGAGGGAGGUGAUGGGGCACGGCCGACAGGAGACGUUCUGCUGACAGCCUCCGACGUGUCUCAAAUGCGGCUUGUCGCCCGCCUGGUCGUUCUCAGCACAUGCCACACACGCUCGUCUCACGGCCGAGUGGAUGCCCAGUCCCUGGAGACACUAGCCGGAGCAUUCCUCGCGGCUGGUGCACACUGUGUCCUCGUGUCACUGUGGCCUGUUCCAGACACUGCACUGAAGAUACUAUUAAGGACUUUCUACUCAUCACUCAUGCAGGGCUCAAGAGCCAGCGCUGCCCUGAGUGAGGCCCUGUGCACAAUCCAGACGACCAAGCAGUUUGGUCACCCGGCCAACUGGGCCAGCUUCGCAUUGGUUGGUGGGGAUGUGCACCUUUCCAACCAGGUGGUGCUCAUGGGCCAGGCCCUGGUGGAGCUGCUCAAAACACCUGACAAGUGCCGGGAUGCUCUGCGUGUUGUCCUACACCAGGUGGAGAAAUCCCUACAGCGCAUACAGAGGGGCCAGAAGAACGCCAUGUACACGAGCCAGAAAUCCAUCGAGAGCAAAGUGGGGCCCGUCUCGGGUUGGAAGGAACUACUUGUAGCAGUGGGCUUCCGCUUCGAGCCGGCUGCCAAUGGACUGCCGGCCUCCGUCUUCUUCCCGCAAGCGGAUCCCGGAGAGAGGCUUGUCCAGUGCAGCACUAGUCUCCAGGCACUUCUCGGCCUGUCUGUGAUCUCCCUGAGUGCCAUAUCUAAGCUGCUGUCAAGCCCAGAGUACGCAGAUGACAUCAUCGAACUGAUGCACCAGGUUGUUGGGCAGUUGGGAAAGACUGAACAAGACAGCGUCGAGUGCCAUGUCAGUGUCAAGCUGUGGAGUGUGCCAGGGUGCCACGAGCUGCUCGCCUCAUUAGGUUUCGACCUUAUGGAAGUUGGCAAGGAUGAAGUCACGCUAAGAAUGGGAAAGCAAGCGAAUCGCAGGUCGAUUCAGUUUGCUCUCCAAGCUCUGCUUGCUGUGUUUGAUACUCAAGAAGCGCCAAAGAACCUCAACUUCGAUGACUCAAGCGACUUGGACAGCCUCGACAGUGAUGCCCACACCGACUCCUCACCACCCCCAACAUCGGCACUCGGCUUUUCGUCCGGUCCCUUGACAAGACCUCGCCUUGGCCAAGGCACGGGGGCCUUCUCCAAUUAUGUUAGGGCAAGGGGAGAGCCUGAUGGUCGCACUGCUCCGGCAUCCGAUCAAAAGAACCGUGACAGCGACACUUUCACGCCGAGCCCCGUCAACCCAGUGAGUGCAGCAUAUACAAACCUUGUGGGACUCGUUGGAUUCAAGCCAUCAAACGCCGCAUUGAUGCAACAAGGCAAGAUGCGGGCUCUCUACAACAACGACGAUUCCCCGCUUGACGACUCCGGAAAGCGACCAGACAGCUCAUCAUCCGCCAGCUCCGACUGGGAUGCCGGUCAGAUGACGGUGCGUCGUCAGAACGGCAACGCCAGUAGCAGCAGCAGCACCAGCGCUCGUGCAGCUACCUCGAGUGAAAAUGCAGAAGCGACGCCGACAACCGGAUCAAGAAAAGCAUCGUCGUGCUUCGAAUCUCAGAGCAGCGAUUCUGACAGGAACGACUUCUCUCUCGAUCGACCGCGUUUUGGGGCAGGUAUCUCGCGGCCGCCACCACCGCCUCUUGCGACCCCUAGAACAAGCUUGGGUGGACAGUCGAAGCAGAGCAGCAGGCGGUCAAAACAGACGACGAGUGCUGAACAGGAAUCGUGCAUCGAGAUGAACACACUGCUGAGCCCCACAUGCAGCAAUGGUGAGGGACCAGCGCAGAGGGACAAGAGCAUGCGGGACCACAUUCUCUCCCACCAAAUGCGGCACUUUUCGAGGGCACCGCCGAUUUCAGACGUGUACCACGAUCGAAGUCUGGGCCUCGGUUUGGCGCCAUCCCUCUCCAAGAUUCUCGCAGACGACGGCGGGAAGUUGCUCUCUGAGCGGUCUGAAGAGAAUGGCACUGCUGAAGCGGUCCGGUCGAGCUCUCCUCCGCCGCUGGUGUCGAGGCGGUGUAAGCCGCCGCCACCACCUCCAAAGAUAGCUGCAAAGCCACACAGGUUGCAGAAGGGGCGGAUAGGGGACAUUAUCCGCGGUGCCGUUGGUGAAAGCAACGGCUUUGCCUUGAAACUCGAGGCUGAAAAGACGAACGCUGUAGAAGAACGAAAGCCUAGCAGUGAAAGCAGUGACGACGGUUCUUCGCAAAACAGGGACGCUGUGUCGACAGUGCGGAGAAAACCGAAGUCAAUUGGUACCGACGAUGGUUCACAGACUGCAGUGUCGGAAUGCUGAAUGACAUUUUCUUUGUGCUUAGUUAGCAAGGGCUAGGUCUAUAGUGGCACAUGGACUGAUGAGAGCAAGGACCUUUGUUGUUUGAAUACUGGCCACUGAUUGUGUGUGUGCGUGUAUGCAGUUUUAGAGUAUUAGAAAUGCGCCACUGGUGGUGCCAGCAUUUGCCAUAUCGUGUGUACAGGUGAUGAGAGUUACUAUUUAUGAGUGUGUUCUAAUGUACGCAUGUAAUUCAUGCUACUACGAGAUGCGAUAGACAUAACUUAUGCAGAUGAGUUUGUGCUCCAUGUUAAAGAGAUUCUAGAGAGAAAUGUUCAAGAUUGAUUUGGUUAUAUAAUGCUUUCAGAGUACCAAAAGGCCAUGGUGUGUGGGACUGCCAGGCCAGAAAGGUCUAAAUGUCCAUGGCAUAUGUCAUUCAUCCCAUCCCGCUGUAGUGCACCUCGCACGUCGUUAGGAAUGAAAUACAAAGGCCAUCAAGCAGGUUUUUUUUUAUUAAUUCAGAAUCUCUUUCUUCAUUCUCACUUUUUGUUCUUGCAUAUACUAUAUAUAUAUUUAUACAACAAACAGCAGACACAGCCAUUUUUCAUAAUGAACAAAACAAGAGAGGACUUGUUCGAAUACUCUUUGGUAUGCAUUCUGAUGUCACUCGCUCUUUGUAAAUACUAUGUGUUAGAUGUACAUUUGUCUUUGGCCAUGUGGACUGUAUUUUGUAAAUGUGUUUCUUUUUCUUCUGGCUCAACACAUGGGUGUGUAAAUGUGAUAGAAAAAGAGUAAGCAGUGUAUUAAAGCAUCUGCCAUGGUCCUA